AUGACUAACAAGGAAAAAGCCCGGGAGAGAAGGGAGAAGAGGAUGCAAGAGAUCUCUCUCCUUCGAACCAUCCCUUACUCUAACCAUCAAAGAUGGUGGUCUUCUGAAAAUGUAGCAGUAGUGACUGGUUCAAACCGAGGGAUUGGUCUCGAAAUCGCAAGACAGCUUGCUACCCACGGAUUGACUGUUGUUCUUACAGCUAGAAACGUUGAUGCUGGUCUUGAAGCAGUUAGAUCAUUGAGGAACCAACAAGAAGGUCUCAAAGUUGAAUUUCAUCAGCUUGAUGUCACGGACGACUCUUCGAUCAAAGAGUUUUGUUGCUGGACUAAGCAAACAUUCGGUGGUCUUGAUAUUCUCGUGAACAACGCAGGUGUCAACUACAAUCUUGGCUCAGAUAACUCGGUUGAGUUUGCCGAGACGGUUGUGUCUGUUAAUUACCAUGGAACCAAGAACAUGGUUAAAGCUAUGAUACCUUUGAUGAGACCGUCUCCUCAUGGAGCUCGUAUUGUUAACGUUAGUUCCAGGCUAGGUAGAGUUUAUGGAAGACGUAAUAGGCUUGCAAAUGUAGAGUUGAGAGACCAGCUAAGCAAUCCAGAUUUUCUGACAGAAGAACUUAUAGACAGAACUGUCUCUACAUUCAUCAACCAAGUGAAAGAUGGAACUUGGGAAUCAGGCGGGUGGCCUCAGACCUUUACUGACUACUCCAUGUCUAAGCUUGCCGUCAACGCAUACACUAGAAUGAUAGCGAAAGAGCUUUCGUCAAGACAAGAUGGUGAGAAGAUUUAUGUUAACAGCUUUUGUCCUGGUUGGGUGAAGACAGCAAUGACUGGCUUCGCUGGUAACAUGUCUCCUCAAGAUGCAGCUGAUACUGGAGUUUGGCUUAGCUUGGUUCUGUCUGAAGAGGCUGUGACCGGAAAAUUCUUUGCAGAGAGACGUGAGAUAAACUUUUGA